GCACUGGACAAGGCAAGAGAAGGACGCACCACGGUUGUUGUAGCUCAUCGACUGUCAACAGUCCGAAAUGCAGAUCUUAUAGCUGUGUUUGCAGGUGGAGUUAUCACAGAACAAGGGAAUCAUUUUGAAUUGCUUGAGAGAAAGGGAAUCUACUACAAACUCGUUAACAUGCAGGCAAUAGAAACUGAAGUUCCAACAUCAGAAAAAGAUGGGAAUGCACUUAGUGUCAAAAAAAGUGAAUCUGAACCAGAAUUUGAAGAAUCCUUAACAAAAGGAUUGAGAAGACGAUCAAUUCGGAGAAGCAUGAAAAAGCCAGGAGCACAAAACUAUGAUCCUGAUGAGAAAACUAGUACACCUGAUGAAGAAUUACCUCCAGCUCCAUUUCUGAAAAUUAUGAAGUUGAACAAAACUGAAUGGCCAUACUUUGUAGCUGGAACUUUAUGUGCAAUUAUCAAUGGAGCUUUGCAACCUGCAUUUGCAAUCAUAUUUUCAGAAAUUAUAGGGAUUUUUACAGAAACUAACAAGACCGUUUUAAGACAAAAGAGCAACUUAUAUUCAGCGCUGUUUUUAGUACUCGGGAUCAUUUCCUUUUUUACUUUCUUUUUUCAGGGUUUCACAUUUGGCAAAGCUGGAGAAAUUCUUACAAUGAGGCUUCGAUUCAUUGCAUUUAAAGCAAUGCUUAGACAGGAGAUGGGCUGGUUUGAUAACUCCAAAAAUAGCACUGGGGCAUUGACUACAAGACUUGCUAAUGAUGCCUCACAAGUGAAAGGAGCAACUGGUGUCAGACUAGCAUUAAUUGCCCAAAACAUAGCUAACCUGGGGACUGGAAUUAUUAUAUCAUUAGUUUAUGGCUGGCAGCUGACCCUGCUACUUUUAGCUGUUGUGCCAAUCAUUGCAGUGGCAGGAAUGAUUGAAAUGAAGAUGUUGGCCGGGCAUGCUAGAAAAGAUAAAGAAGAACUGGAAGCUGCAGGAAAGAUUGCCACAGAAGCCAUAGAAAAUAUCAGAACUGUUGUUAGUUUGACCCGAGAAAAAAAAUUUGAGUUGAUGUAUGGAGAACAUUUGCGUGUACCAUACAGAGUGUUUUCAGCUGUUGUAUUUGGUGCAAUGGCGUUAGGACAGACCAGCUCUUUUGCUCCAGACUAUGCUAAAGCCAAGAUAUCAGCAGCCCACUUGUUUCUGCUGUUUGAAAGAGUACCCUCGAUAGAUAGUUACAGCGAGGAAGGAGAGAAGCCUGAAACAUUUGGGGGAAACAUAACCAUCAAAAAUGUGGCAUUUAACUACCCAAACCGACCACAGAUCAAAAUCCUGCAAGGCUUGAAUCUAGAAGUAGAAAAAGGACAAACCCUGGCACUUGUUGGCAGCAGUGGCUGUGGAAAGAGCACUGUUGUUCAGCUGCUUGAGAGAUUUUAUGAUCCACUUGAUGGCGAAAUUCUUUUUGAUGGCAAAAAUGCAAAGACACUAAAUAUCCAGUGGCUGAGAGCUCAGAUUGGUAUUGUCUCACAAGAACCGAUCCUGUUUGACUGCACUAUUGCUGAGAACAUCGCAUAUGGAGAUAACAGUCGGCAAGUGUCACAUGAGGAGAUUGUUAAUGCAGCAAAAGAAGCCAACAUUCAUUCCUUCAUUGACUCUCUGCCAGAUAAAUACAAUACCUGUGUAGGAGACAAGGGAACUCAGCUUUCUGGUGGUCAGAAACAACGCAUCGCUAUUGCCCGAGCCCUUGUACGUCAGCCCCAAGUUCUGCUACUGGAUGAAGCUACGUCAGCCUUAGAUACAGAAAGUGAAAAGAUUGUCCAGGAAGCGCUGGAUAAAGCCAGAGAAGGUCGCACCUGCAUUGUGAUAGCUCACCGCCUUUCUACCAUCCAAAAUGCUGACAAGAUUGCCGUGGUCCAGAAUGGCAAGGUUGUAGAGCAAGGGACCCAUCAGCAGCUCCUGGCUGAAAAAGGCAUCUACUAUUCUCUGGUCAAUGUUCAAAGUGGGUCAUGCAACAUGUAAAUUAAAGGCAGUACUUAUCUCUGAAUUGUCACUGUAAUUAUUUCAAUACUGC